AUGCAAUUCGCCAAUUCUUUGAAUACACCUAUGUUGGGAGGUGAGAAGUUGUCUGCACAUGCCAGUGAUCCUUUUAUGUGUCCUCAUUUCUAUAGAAGUGUGGUUAAUGUCCUUCAAUAUGCAACCAUCACUAGACCUGGAAUCACAUAUGUUGCGAAUAGGGUCUCUCAAGUUAUGCAGACUCCACUUGAAUCACAUUGGAAAGUUGCUAAAAAGAUAUUAAGAUAUCUUAAAGGAUUUUGUGAUCCCGACUGGGCAUCUGACCCUGAUGAUCGCUGGUCUACCACUGGUUUUUGCAUCUACCUGGGUUCAAAUCUGGUGCCUUGGACUUCAAAGAAACAACGGACAGUGUCUCGAUCGAGUACGGAAGCUUAA